CAUCCUGCUCCAGAGCACCAUAAGGAUGAUCCGCCGCUGCACCGACACCGACCUUCACUUCACUUUCACACUCUUUUAACCCUUCACUCGGACACCUCCGGAUACCGCGCUACACCCAUGCUUUGCCAUCCUCCUGAGAUGCGAAACCAUUACACAAUUUCCCGGAGAAUAUCUUCAUCUUCCGUCGCUCCUCGCUGAUAGAGAGCAUGCCCGACACGGGGACAGGCGCUGCUGCCGCGGCGGCCGCCAGUGGCGCGACCACCGGCGACAGCUCCGAGAGCUCCCGGCACCGACACCGAGCGCAGCAGGGAGACUCAGAGAGGCCGGAGCCGGGCGCUGCCCCGCCACAAGCCUCCUCCGGUGUACUGGAUAAGUUGUUUGGAAAGCGGCUGCUGCAGGCUGGAAGACACAUCAUGUCUCAUAAGUCGUGGAUGAAAACGGUGCCAACAGAGAACUGUGAUGUUCUCAUGACAUUUGCAGACACUACAGAUGACCACACGUUGCUAUGGCUACUGAACCACAUCCGGCUGGGAAUCCCAGAGCUCAUCAUCCAAAUACGACAUCAUAAGCACACACGAGUCUUUGCAUUCUUCGUCACCGCUACAUAUGAAAAUUUGUUGCGAGGUGCUGAGGAGAUGGGACUAAGGAAAGCGGUAAAGCCAGAGUUUGGCGGAGGAACACGAAGCUUCUCCUGUGAGGAGGACUACAUCUACGAGAACAUUGAGAGCGAGCUGUGCUUCUUUACUUCACAGGAGAGACAGAGCAUCAUUAAAUACUGGCUGGACAACCUACGUGCUAAACAUGGGGAGGUGCUUCAUAAUAUCAACUUCCUGGAGGGCCAGCCUAUCAUCCCUGAGCUGAGUGCACGAGGGGUGAUCCAGCAGGUGUUUCCUCUCCAUGAGCAGAGGAUCCUAAGUCAGCUGAUGAAGUCUUGGGUCCAGGCCGUUUGUGAGAAACAGCCAUUAGAUGAUAUCUGUGACUACUUUGGGGUGAAGAUUGCCAUGUAUUUUGCCUGGCUGGGAUUUUACACCACUUCUAUGUUAUAUCCUGCUGUGAUUGGCUUUGUGCUGUGGAUGCUCACUGAGUCAGAUCAGACGAGCCGUGACAUCUGCUGUGUGGUGUUUGCACUGUUCAACGUGGUGUGGGCCACUCUGUUCCUGGAGCGGUGGAAGAGGAGGGGAGCUGAGCUGGCAUACAAGUGGGGAACACUGGACACCCCUGCUGAAUCCCUUGAGGAAACACGACCUCAGUUCCGGGGAGUCAAGCGCUGCAGUCCCAUAACAGGAUGUGAGGAGUUCUACUACCCUCCGUGGCGGAGGCGUGUAUUCAGGUGGCUGGUCAGCCUGCCCAUCUGUAUCCUCUGUCUCUGCUUUGUCUUCCUGGUCAUGCUUAUCUGCUUCGAACUACAGGAGUUUGUGAUGGGGAUCAAGGAAAUGCCUCGGCUAGCCCGCUUCAUCCCCAAAAUCAUGCUAGCUAUCACUGUGACUGCAUGUGACGAGGUGUACAGGAAAAUUGCCUGCUGGCUCAAUGACAUGGAAAACUAUAGACUCCAGAGUGCCUAUGAGAAAAAUCUCAUUAUCAAAAUGGUUCUUUUUCAGUUUGUAAAUUCUUAUCUCAGCCUUUUUUACAUUGGAUUCUACCUCAAAGACAUGGAGCGGCUGAAAGAGAUGCUGGCCACUCUGCUUAUCAUUCGCCAGUUCCUUCAAAAUGUGAAGGAGGUGCUGCAGCCUUACCUGUAUGAGCGCCACAAGCUGGGCGAGCUCACACUGCGAGCUGUGUGGGACUUGCUGCUCUCAGUACUGCUAAAAUAUGCCCGGCUGGCAGCUGGAAAAGCUCAGGCCUCUCCCACCGACCAGGCCAUGCCAGGACCUGGACUGAGGGGCACUAGGCCUGGGUUGGGGCCAGACAGAAGGGAAAAGAAGUGUUUGAACGGGGGAUGUGGGGUGCCUGAUGAGGAAGAGGGAGGUGAGAGGGACGAGGCUGACAGCGGGAGGUUCAGUGAAGGAGAGACUGAGGAGGAAAGUGUGAUCGACUGCGGUUUGAAGCUGAGGAAAGUCAGUUUCAUAGAGAAGGUGGACAGAAGACCAGUCUGCAGUGCCCCCCCUAUGGACCACAAUUUCCUAGAGGAGGGGAGCCCCACUAUGGUGGAAAAAGGAAUGGACCCUGCCUCUGUAUUUGAAAUGUGUGAUGAUGAUGAUGAUAACGGCAUCCAUGAUGUGAAGGAGUCAGGUGGUGGAGGGACAGGUGUGGCGGAGGGAAUUAAUGCUGCUGCCGCUGCUGCUGCCACCAGUGCUGCCCCACUGCCUUCUGGGUCUGAUAGCAGCACAUCGUUACGACACAGAAGAAGAGGCAGGAGCGCAGAGAGACCUGAGCCGAAGACAAAAAGGGAAUCAUGGAUUGACCCCCCUGAGGAGAGAGAGAGCAACACGCUCACUCAGGCUGAGAUGGAGAGCUGCAUGCAGACUUAUGCUGACACCUUCCAGGACUACCAAGAGAUGUUUAUCCAGUUUGGCUACGUGGUGCUCUUCUCCUCGGCCUUUCCACUCGCUGCCAUGUGCGCUCUCAUCAACAACAUCAUUGAGAUCCGCAGUGAUGCCUUUAAGCUCUGCACUGGUCUGCAGAGGCCUUUUGGAAUCAGAGUAGCCAGCAUCGGCCAGUGGCAGACUGCGAUGGAAGUCAUGGGCCUGAUUGCCAUCAUAGUGAAUUGUUACCUGAUUGGUCAGUGUGGUCAGCUUCAGCGUCUCUUCCCGUGGCUCAGCCCUGAGAUGGCCAUCAUCUCCAUUGUCAUCCUCGAGCACUUUGCCAUUCUCCUAAAGUACGUCAUUCAUGUGGCCAUCCCUGACAUUCCUACAUGGGUAAGAGAGGAGAUGGCCAAACUGGAUUAUCAACGCAGAGAGGCCUUUAAGAAGCAUGAGCGGCAGGCGCAGCAGCAUUACCAGCAGCUGCAGAGGAGGAAGAGGGAGGAGGAGGAGAGGCAGAGGCAGGCGGAGCAUAUGGCCCGCAGGGAAAGGGAGCGGGAUGACGGCAAGGGCGAUUCCUCUGGGGAUCACCACCACGACAAAAGUCACAGCAGCAAAUCACGUCCCGGGGGUGGAGGUGGUGGAAGUAGCGGGUCGGACAAGCCCAAGAGGCCCAGCUCUCUGUUGGCCAAUAAUAACGUGAUGAAGCUGAAACAGAUCAUCCCACUGCAGAGUAAGUUCUCCUCAGGUGGUGCCCGCUCCCCUCAGUCACCCACUGGCAGUGAGCCAAAGCUGCCCGGGUUCCUGAGCUUCAAAUUUCUCAAGUCACCUGAGAAUAAGAAGGAAGGUGCUGCGGCUUCUGCGGCUGCCAUCACAGCCACUAACGCCACAGCAGCAUCAUCAUCAUCAUCUUCAUCAUCAGGUAGCAGCUCUCAGGAGCGUUCUCAGUCACCCAGCAAAGCCUUCAAUCCUGGGAAACUGUUUAACUUUGGGAAAUCUGAGGGGGGGACGUGUGUAAAUGGGGCUCAGAUGCCCAGAUCCGGGGAAGGAUCAUCACAGACGUCAGAAAGACAAGCAUCCAGGUCUGACUUGAACGGCGUUCCAGAUGAGAUCCCCUCACCUGGAGGGGAAGGGUCAGAGAAUGGACAUUCAACAGACUUGGACGGCUCUAAAGUCUAGUAGCUGCAUAGAGAACAAACUUGCCGUUGGGGACAUCUCAACUGAAGAAUUGAUGUGUUUACUGUGAGGAAAUGCCUGACCUACCUUCUGUGUUAUCACAGGUUAUGUGUAGAGGUACUUGAAGCAGAGAGAGAAAAUGAAACUGACAAAAAAUUACAUGGUUUGGUUUUUUGCUGCGAGACGAAACAAAACAGGCUUUAUAAGAAAGACGUAAGCCCUCCUAUCAUGAUGAAUAAACACACACACACUCCCUUACACACACAAACAUGCAAAUCCUUCCUUGUCUGCAAUACAUAAAGAAAUGCAUGAGCUGCGUUUCUAAUAUUUUUAAGCCUUUAAAGCAGAGAACUGUGUUUCUUGAUUUCUUCUAGUCAUAAAUUGUAAGCAUCUCGUUGGCCUCCCACUCGGAACAGAACAGCCUGUUGUGGAGGAAAAAGAUUUUUAAAAAUGCAUAUACAGUGGUAUGAAAGGAUCACAGAUUGUACAUCAAAUAACUACUGAGAGUGUUUUUAGUUGUCACAACACAAGUGAUCAUUAGAUAUUGUGUCAUUUGUAUCUGUGAGUAUCUGGAAUUCUUGGGCCCUUCACUUUUAUAUUGAAGUGGUAAAAUGAAAAAGCAAUAUCAAUCAGUAUUUUAAUUAUUCGUAUCAAUCAUCACACAAACCUUCCCUUAAUAAGCGUCCCUGAUAUAUCACCAGCUUUAUUUUCAAAGCAGAAGUGAUGUCUGAGCUUUGUACACUUCUUCCCAUCCUGUGACAGGAACAGAUUUGUUCAAAAAGGAGGUAAAGAGCUUAGUAAGUCGAGUUGUCACAUACCAGUAGUUUUUCCCGGAGAGCAACAGGAAAAGAAAUAUAAAGCAGUUGUAGACAAAGGUGAUAUUGAGGAAAUGGAGAAUGAAAACCUGUUGUGUGCUGUUCUCCAUCCAAGCCCGUGGAGCGCCUUGUAAACACAGAUGGUGCUCCAUUCCACACUGUCCAACCAGACUUGGCAAACGAGUAUAGAGUUAAAGAAGGAACAUUUGCACUAAACCCCUACGCCCUGCAUAGAAACGUCUCUCCCUCUGCAGGAGAAAGGACCGAUACCAGCCUGCCUCAUGACAUUAUGCAAAAGCUGGAUUGUUUUGAUUUUCUCCUUCCACACAGUACAUGCUAUCUAUUCACUUGCCCCCUGCUCUCAGCAACCAUGGGAUUUCCUAUAUAUUCAGAUUUUUUAAAAUAGUUCAGCUCUUAUUUAUGUUGAGCUCCAUGUGUUUUAUACGCACCAUUAUUUGCUGCAUUACAUUCUUGCAGUGCUGAUGAUGGGAAUUUCUUUUUUUAACCAAAGCAGUAUUUUUUGGAUUAUACUGUUAACCCAAGAUGUGUGUGAUAUGUUAAUCAUGUACAUCAACACAGUAUGGUAUACAUUUUGUUACUUAAGUAAGGAUGCCCAUCAUCCACCAUUAAACUGUGUUUCACUUCUGCGGGGUCUCCAGAGGGUGGUGCCAGAGUUUAUUUGCAUAGCAAAAUGUGGUGUUGAAUCGCUUGUUCUGAUUCGCUAUUGACUACUUACCCAUAACAUCAGUGUCUAGUCAUCAGUGUACAGCAGAGACAGUGAAAUUAAAGUGUCUGGCUGCAGUUUAAGAGUACUUUGAAUGGAAAUGUAUUAUGGUGACAUUGUAAGCUGGGAGACAGGAACAUUAACUAUGCAUUUCCACACCGUCUCCUCUGGCAAGCAUUUUGGCAAUAACACUGAGUUGUAGGAGACUUCCAUGUAUCCCUACAAGUCUACACUAACCACUCCACACGCAGCACCCAUCCUUCUGCAUUAUCCCCAGCCAGACUCUAUGCAUCUUUUUUAUUUGUGUCCCCUCAAUAUUCCGCUCUCUGUUCCCUCCCGUCUGAUAUUUAAUUUAGGGAAUCUCUUGAUUCACAGUUAAAAUAAUAACAAUAAUGAUCUACUGCUUUGUGUUUACAGAAUCUGUCUAGGGGUGAUGACAAUUCUGAUGACAGCUUUUUUUAUUUUGUGGCUGCUUUCAUGUGUCUGUAACAACUUUUACAAUAAGUAUAGUCCACCUUUUAGUCACAUGUCUGAAGAAAAUACAAAAUGUACUUCAGCAGACAGGCAAAAAGAUCUGACAUUAAAUGCAAUAAGGAAAUAGACAGAACAUCAAUUUGUGUGGUCAUGGAAUCAUUUUUCUGUCAAUCUUACAGUAUAUUCUUUUUUAUAUUUGGAAGUCAUUGUUCAUUGUAAAUGUAAAAAGAGAUGUGCAAGGCUGAGAGAAAUGUGGAUCAGUCUCACAGGAUUGUCAUUGUUAAAUGGUCACAUGAUAGAGAUCAGGAUGGUAAGUGUAGCUGAGCAGUGUCUCAUCAAAACCUUUAUUCUUGCAGAAUUUGGAUUUCAGGGAUGUGUGACACCAUGGUGCAAUAGAGUCCAUUUAUCACCAUUUAAAUGUUUGUAUAGAAAAUGAGAAGCCAGUUUCAAAGCAGAGGUGACUAAAGUGAGAAGGCAGAGAUAGGGGCAUUUGCUGAUACUGGCGCAGAAAAGUUUGGGUCAUGCCUCCAUGUAUGUAGUUCCUUCUUAUUCAGGGAAAACUUACAACUUCAUAUAAUAGAAAUGGAUAGCAUUAACGUACGUAUCUCUUCUUUCAUCUUUGCACUCGUGGCAACAAAUUCUGCAUGUGGUUGUUAUGGAGGUCUUUAAAAAUGGAUUGGAUGAAGUAAAUUUACAGAUUAACAGUUUUGGGUAUCAGCAAAAGCUUCAUCAAGAGGCAUCUAAUGCCAGAGACUGCACAAUUGCUUGUUUUCUCGGGCCAGGCACGGGUGUCCCUCGCUGAGGACAGCACCUCAGACAGCAGAGAUUCAACAGCUGUCUGUAAUUCACUAUCAAAGCAACAGCAGUUCUUCAAAGCUUACAUUACAAGCACCAUAAAUCUAAUGAGAAACCAUUGGGAAAGGACUGAAUUUAGGGAGUGUACUAUCUUCUUCUGGAUCUUAAGAGUGGAUGUGAACAGGUGAGAUUCUCACCACAGCUACAUUAAAAACUCUAACCUCAGAGUUUAAGAUAAGACAUCUUCAUGGAACCUUCAUGUACUGAACAUCAUAUGCUCUUCCAAUGUACCACUGUACAAAAAAAUCUUUUAAAGAGAAAUACUGGGAAAUGGGAUUAUUUAUUUCUUUUAAUUUAUUUUGUCAUAUUUUUGUAAGACCUGAAAAAUAGUUAAUAAAACUAUAUCAAAUGCA